AUGAAGCUCCUGCCGCUCGUUUUGCUCCAGUGCCUCGUGGCGCUUGCAGCAGCGUUCGCCGUGCCCGCCAAAGACUACGCCCAAAGACAGUAUUUUGUUGUCGAGAUCGACCACUCUCGCCUGGGCAAACCCUUGCACGAUUUCAUCACCAAGCACCAAGACUAUCGCUUUGAACACCCUGUGCGUGGAUUAGACGACCAUUUCGUGUUUAGCGUGGAACAGAACCACGACCAUCUUGCCAUGUUGGGCAACUUCAACCUGGAUCCUCACAACCUCAUCAAGAGAGCCCCUGGCCUCGAAGGGGCGUACGACUCCUUGACGCUGCAUCCGGGCUUGAAGCUGGUGCACAUGUUGCACCCCAAACGGCUCGAGCGCAGAAUGCCCGUGCCCAUCGAGUUUGACUCGGACCAGAUGGACCCUCGUGGGGUUGACAUUGUUGACUCUCUGCAAGAGGGCUUGAAGGAAGUCAGCGACAAGCUUGACAUCAACGAUCCGCUAUUUGUGCGCCAGUGGCACUUGGUCAACACUCGUUAUCCUGGAAAUGACGUCAACGUGAAGAACUUGUGGUUGAAAGGGAUUACGGGCCACAACGUCACGGUCGCUGUUAUUGACGAUGGCUUAGACCACGAUCUGGAAGACCUAAAGGCCAACUUCAACGCUGAAGGGUCGUGGGAUUUCAAUGACAAUACAAAUUUGCCUACCCCCAGACUUUUUGAUGACUACCACGGCACUAGAUGCGCCGGUGAGAUUGCUGCGGUCAAGAAUGACGUGUGUGGCAUUGGUGUGGCAUACGAGGGCAAAGUGGCUGGUAUCCGUAUUCUUUCCGGUGCCAUAUCUUCGGAAGAAGAGGCUGCUGCCAUGAUUUAUGGGUUGGAACACAAUGAUAUAUAUUCCUGUUCUUGGGGCCCCAGAGAUAACGGUAAGACCGUGGCUGCACCAGAUAUGCUUGUUCGUAAGGCAAUGAUCAAGGGCAUUCAGGAUGGCCGCCAGGGCAAAGGUGCUGUUUACGUUUUUGCUAGCGGAAACGGUCGUCAGUAUGAUGACCAAUGCAACUUCGAUGGCUACACUAACUCGAUCUAUUCCAUCACCGUGGGGGCUAUCGACCACAAAAAUCAAUGGCCCUUUUAUGCCGAAGCAUGCUCUGCCGUCAUGGUUGUUACUUAUAGUGCUGGCUCAGGUGAACACAUUCAUACUACUGACAUCAAAAAGAAAUGCUCAAAUACCCAUGGUGGUACCUCUGCAGCGGCUCCUUUGGCUGCGGGUAUCUAUGCCUUGGUAUUGGAGGCGAACCCCAAUCUUACUUGGAGAGAUGUCCAGCAUGUAUCUGCCAGAGCCGCAGUGACAGUUAACGAACAUGAUGGAGAAUACCAAGAAACUGCUCUUGGACUCAAGUACUCUCACAAGUAUGGUUACGGUAAAAUUGAUGCCGAGAAACUCGUGGAGGAGGCGAAGAAGUGGAAGAAUGUCAAGCCUCAGGCAUGGUAUUACAGUGAUAAAGUCCAAGUGGACAAAAGCGUUAAGUCUGGCCCCCUCGAAUCCAGUGAAGUGAUCUCUAGCUCUUUGAAUGUCACAAAGGAAGACCUUGAGCUCGUGAACCUCGAGAAAGUUGAGCAUGUCACUGUCACUGUAAGCAUUGAUUCCACUGUUAGAGGUCAGAUUCAAGUGAAUUUGAUUUCACCUCAUGGUGUUGUGAGCAAACUUGCUCAGAGAAGGGCCCUAGAUAUGUCAAGCAAAGGUCUUCAAAAUUGGACAUUCCUGUCUGUUGCGCAUUUUGGCGAAGACGGAGUUGGGGAGUGGAAGCUAGAAGUUUCUAGCUCUCGUGGAGAGAAUGAUAUCAGGUUAAAAGACUGGCUGAUUCGUCUUUUCGGAGAGUCCAUCGAUGCCGAUAAGGCUGUCAAGUACGAUAUCACUCGUGACUACGCGGCUGAGCGCCGCGAGUUGCAGAAGAAUAAGUCUAAGUCGACGUCUUCAACCGAAACAGUUACCUCCACCACAAGCCUGACGACCUCCAGUAGUACUACACGUGUUGAAGCCACUGCUACUUCUCAAGAGGCAACCACUUCUUCUACCGAAACGACAAAGACGAACGAAAAAGAAGCUGAAAAGACAGAAAAGCCCGAGAAGCCCGACAGCUCCGAUGACAGCAGCGACGAGGACUCUGAUAAGGAAGACGACAAGCCAGAAGAUGGAAAGCAGGACAACAAUAAGCACUACGCUGCAGACCAUGCUGGCCAAUACUUCAUGGCGUUGGCAGUGAUUGGAUUCAUAAUCGCCAUCAUCACGAUGAAGUGCCACAAAUCUCCUGGUAGCACGCGUCGUCGUAGGAGAGAUGAUUAUGAAUUCGACAUCAUUCCAGGAGAGGAUUACAGCGACAGCGAAGAGGACGAGAGAGACUCGCUCGAUUUGGGGACUCAACGCGAGCGUGAGCAAGAGACAUUAUUUGAUGAUUUCAAUGCAGAAACCUUGCCUGAUUAUGAAGACGAGAUGUUUCAGAUUGGCGACGAAGGAGACGCUCAUGAAGAUGACAGAGAUUCUCGAGACACGUCCAAACCAAAGGCCAAUGAAGAGUCGCUGAGUGCUGAAACUCCAGAAAGCUACCACGAAGGCAGCGAACGCGGCAGUCAAGAGGGACUUGUUGACGGUGAAGAAGGAAGGUAA